AUGACGGAUCAGGGAUCAGGAAAAGGACCAGUCCAACCUCCGAAGGGGCCCUGUGUCGAUAGCAAGUUGGGCAUCUGGCUAGCCGAGACCGGAGGCCGUUUCCAUCCCAAACUAGUCUUUGGAGCGCCAGGGGCAGAAACAUCUCGGGAUAUGGGGAUGACGGUCUACGCCGAUGGACCGAUCGAGCGGCGGGAAGUCCUGGCCAGCUGCUCCGUCAAGGCCGUCAUCGACCGGAAGAACAGCCUGGAACGAAUCGGGAGGCUGUUGAGCGAUCUCGAGCUGUUGGACGAGAAGAGCCAUCGUACGAGUCGGGAUCCGGAACGAGACGGCGCAGUGCUCGAUCACUUCCUCGGCUUCCUCGAUCGGGCCAUCAUCAGCCUCUACCUGAUCCUCACCAAACUCUCGCUCAGAUUAAGGAGUCGAAAAUCGGCGGAAGAUCCGAGCCCAGUUGACCGUCUGCUCCAUGAGCUCUUCUCCUUCCAUGAGGAAUACGUCAGACUGUUACCCGAGACGGAGCAGUUGAUGACUCCGCUCUUCUGGAGCGACGCCGAACUCCAAAAACUACGCUCCACAUCCCUCCUCCCUACGACCGAUCAACAACGAGAACUCUGGACGAAUGAGUACGAGUGCUUCGUCGAGAAGAUCCGCACUCUAUCGCCUAGCUUGCACGCCUUAAUCACUCAACAUACCUCUUGUCUAGAUUAUUUCUGGGCCAGUACGAUGGUCAACUCUCGCUCAUUUCCGUCCACCUUACUGGCCACUUCAUCCGGAAUCGCCAACCGAACCAGUCUUCCAACUCAACCAGACACACAUCUAGCCACUCCAGCCGCUUCUCCGCAAGAAGAAGCGCCGAUUCUUUUACCCGGUGUCGAUAUCUUUAAUCACAAGCGGGGCUCGAAGGUCGAGUGGAGACCGGUAAAUGCUGACUCCCCCGUCCAGUGCAUUGAACUCGUUUCGUUGGAAGAUCAGAUCCCUCGUGGCGAACAAGUGUUCAAUAACUAUGGUCCCAAGUCGACUGGGGAAUUGAUUGUAGGAUACGGAUUUGCAUUGGGCGAGGAAGAUUGGAAGCUGCAAGCUCAAGAGGAAGAGAAGAUGGAGAGCAAUCCGGACGAUUUUUAUCCGGUCAAGCUGAGCCAACCGAGGAGUGAAGAGGCAUACUCGGCGCUGAUCGGCGAGAUCUUCGAGCGCUUCGAGUCGGAUGAUCUGCUCCAUCACGUCCGACGGGACGGAAUCCUGCCGCCACUCCUCCUCGCUCAACUCAGGAUCUCGCUCAUCUCGUCCGACCAAGAACUCCGUCUAGCCUCCCAACGUCUCCAAGAAGCUCUCCGGCUGAAAUCUUCCAAGGAGUUCUUGGACCGCUUUACUGCUGCUAUGGAUCAGAAACUGAACUGGGAGAACGAGCUGAAUUGCUUGGAUUGUCUCUCCUCCUUGUUCUCUCACAAGCUCAAUGCCCUCAGUUCUUCUGAUGUUUUUCAUCCACAUGCCGACUGGAGUCAGGUCAGGGCACCGGUCAAACGGAUGAUCGAAAUCUACUCGAAAGGUCAACUAGAUAUCCUCAAAGAUAUAUUAAGAGUUGUCAAGGAUAACUUCGAGCUCAGUCUCGAGGACGCUCGGGCCGACGGCUUUGAAUUCGAUGCUGAAGAUGAUGAUGAAUGA